AUGUCCGAAAUCGAUCCGCCAACUAAGGAAACUAGAGACGAAUCAAGUUCAGCUAGGAUGGGCGAAAUUAUUGUAUUAAAUGUUGGUGGUGUGAAGUAUGAAACUUACCGAUCCACACUCACAGCCUAUCCCGAUACAUUCCUGGGCGCGAUGUUCCAAGAAAGAAAUCAGGAGAUGGUUCAUCCGAUCAACGGGAGUAACGAAUAUUUUAUUGAUCGUGACGGGAGGGUUUCGAUUACCCGUCAGGAAUUAGAACAAGAGUUGAACUUCUUUCAGAUUCCCUUCCCCUCUCCCUCAUCACCGCCCAAAAAUUCCAAAUCCAAACUCUCCUACGGCUCAAAGUCAAUUUCCGAACAGAUAAAUCAAUUUGUUAAAACCGUGAAACACAUAAUUGAGCUGAUCGAAAAAGAGUCUCGACAACAAUUUCUGUUGAAACGUCACCUGGAAAUCCAAAUUUUUCUGAAAUUCAAGAGUAAUCGAAGCGAGGUUGAUUACUAUGUCGCCUUGUAUAAUGGCAACGAAUUUCUCUUGGACAAUCAGAACAUCAGAGGAUUGACGAUGGGAUACAUUCUGCUGGAGGAAUUUGGAGAUGACAUCGGUGAACACCUGAAGAAAUUCUUUCCGGAUCUGAGUUGGAAUAUAACUAAGGAGACGAUUGUUCAGAUAUUGACACCGGGAGUUGCUUGGCUCACGCCGGGUGAUGAAAUUUCAACCAUCAUUUCAACCAUCCCGAUAACAAAUCCCCUGUCAUUAAUCAAUGGCUCCGAAAAGCCACGGAAGGCCGCUCAAGAUUUGGAAAUUCAGGCUCUAGAAGUUUACGAAAAAUUUAAAUCUCCACAAACUCGCACGUUCAAGAGAAUGUCGAAUUUUUUCGGACGCAAAAGGGAGAAACAAAUUAUUGAGGAAAUUUUGCACGGAGAUCCCAGAUGGAUCGUUGUUAGUGGGGCCAGGAGCACCGGAAAGACUGCUUUAUUACGUGAAAUCCUCACGGAUGACAAGUACCAUGUCAUUCAAUUUGACCUGCGUAUUCCGGGUUUCGCCGAUUUACGUUCCUUCACAGCAGAACUUGCUUCUCGCAUGGAAACCUUCUUCCUACAAGUGUCCAAUUACCAGCCACCGCAAGCCAGAGAUCGCUACAGAGUCAUUGAAGAUCAGGCGAUUGGAAUAAAACGUUUUCGACUCGAAGGACCUGAAAGUUUCGAGAAGAAAAAUUCACUGCAACAAGCACAAAAUUCCACUCCAAAUAAUGAUGUCAAGUUUGCAGCGACGAGUACGAAUAGAAGUGAUUUGGCGAAAUUGUUAGAAAAAUUCCAGGAGGGUUUGUUUUUGUACCAUCAGGUUCACGACGAGGCAGCUAGAAACGAAAAAGGUCAUUUGAGAGAAAAACGCAGGCAAAUUCCAGUGAUAUUCAUCGAUGAUGCUCAUAAACUGAAAAUUUUGAUUCACGAUGGUGAAGCCUUGCAGAUACUAUUCGACGCGAUGACAGUUCUCACGACAAAAAACAAAUUGUGUCAGAUAAUACACUCCACCUCCAAUGGAUUAUACGAGAGACUUUUGGAACAAGGUAGGAAGGGAACUCCCGUAAAUUGA